AUGUCAACUAAAAAGACAGACUCUGCGUAUGUAAUAGUAAAAGUAUCAAUAACUUUAGUAUUGGUAUUCGUACACAUACAAAGUUUAAGAAGAAUUGAAUUCUUUCACUUGUCUGUUGUUGGCACUUUUGCAUUUCUUGUUUUCUUGCUUUAUUUCUUGUUGUUCACAAUAUUGGUAAAGAUGAUGACAUCGUCAACAUCAUCAUCAAUCACUAUAAACGACAACAUCAUCGUUAUCAACAUCACCGAGCAGUGGAUGCAGGGAGUAGAGAAUGCAGGAGGAGGAAGCGCUAUCGUACUAUACAUUAUAAGAGAGAGAGAGAGAGGGAGAGAGCUGUCUGUUUGCGUUUCUUUCAUUCUGUGCUACAUACCACCAAAUAGAGCUGCCAGCAGAGAGAAGUUGAAGCAUCCAAUUUCGGUCAAUUAUCAAACAAUCACAACAACAACUAAAGUUGAUCAGCAUUCAAAUCAAACCAAAUCAAAUCAGUGCCACCACCCAUUAUCUUAUCAAUAUAUAUUAAUACUGCUUUCCAGCAGCAUUGCUCUCCAGUCUGUCAAUCAUCAUUUAAAACAAUAG